AUGGCGGUGUGUGUAGCUGUCAUCGCUAAGGAGAACUAUCCACUCUACAUUCGCAGUAUCCCCACCGAGGACCAGCUGAAGUUCCACUACACCGUGCACACCUCCCUGGACGUGGUGGACGAGAAGAUCUCCGCUAUGGGGAAAGCGCUGGUGGAUCAAAGAGAACUUUACCUGGGGCUGCUGUACCCUACAGAGGACUACAAAGUAUACGGCUACGUCACCAACUCUAAAGUUAAAUUCGUCAUGGUGGUAGAUUCCUCCAACACGGCUCUUCGGGACAAUGAAAUCCGCAGUAUGUUUCCGGAAGCUUCAUAACUCCUACACAGACGUGAUGUGUAACCCCUUCUAUAAUCCUGGGGACCCCAUCCAGUCACGGGCUUUUGACAACACAGUCUCCUCCAUGAUGGUGCCUGCAUGCUG